UACAUUUCUUCUAUUAAGACUGUUUGCAGCUUCUCCGCUAAUUAGAAAGGUCGGUGAACCUGACUUUGAGUUUACCCUCCGCGCCACGCUCUGGCUCCUGUCUCCUCGCUCUCCCUCUCCGCUCUGGCUGCGCGCUGCUUUCGGAGGGCUCCUUAUAAAUAAAAUCCACCGUCCCUGGUUCCUCUUCCUUAUUGGUCAGGUGGAGUCGUUACCUCACUCCGGGGCCGGUGACGCAGCGUCUUCACGUAUCCUUCAUGUGCGUCUCUUCUUGUUUCUUAUUGAGAGUCUUGCCCUCGGCCAGAGCGGAGAAAACUGGAUUCGCAACGAGCCGAGAGUGCCGGACGGACCGGGCGCGCUCCAUACUAAACACUUCCCAUCCCGGGAGAAGAGCGGCGCACAAGAGCAGUCUCUCUCUCUCUCUCUCUCUCUCUCUCUUUCUCUCUCUCUCCCUCUCUUUCUGGGUCUCGCUCUCUCACUCUCUCUCUCACACACACACACACAUACACACACACACACACACUUUCUCUAUGAGUUUUUCCGUCUGUCUUUCUCGCUACCUCCCACACACACAUACACACACACACACACACUCACGCCCGCGCGCACGCUCUGCAUACGUCUCCACUUUGCCAUAGUAAACUGAGCAUUGAUCUCAGCGACGAGUGCGGAUCUGUCUCUUGUGUUCGCCCUUUCUUCGACGGACCGACUUGGAGAAACGCGAGAGAGAGAGAGAGAGAAGUGACUCUUCUCAUCCGGCGCGUCUGUGAGGACCCCCCUGGUCAUGUCCGCUUAGCUCCCCUGCGUGAUGCCUGAUCAUGACAGCGCCACCCUCCUAACCAGACAGACCAAGCGCAGACGUGUCGACAUCGGGGUGAAAAGGACUGUGGCUAGUGCGUUAUUCAGCCGCGCCAGGGAGACCCUGCUUGAAAGCAUGAACCAAUCACGCGGCUCCGAUCAGGACGGAGAAUGCUCGCUGGUCGGUCACGGCCACGGCGGUGCCAGCGGCGACGGGGAGAAGUCGAAUGUUUUGAGGAAAUUGCUCAAGAGGGCCAACUCGUACGAAGACGCCAUGAUGCCUUUCCCUGGUGCUACCAUCAUCUCUCAGCUGCUGAAGAAUAACAUGGGGAAGAAUGGAGGGAGUGACUCAGGCUUCCAGGGGAGUGGAGCUCUGUCCAGUGGAGGCUCGGAGGUCCACGCCGAGGACGCCUGCAGCAACUCCUCCCGCGACAGCCCGUCUGACUGCCUCUCUCCCGGGCCUCCUCUUCCCCCUCCACCUUCUUCCUCCUCCUUUGGGCGACCGGUGCCUCCUUCAAGCCUCAACUCCCACGCUCCCUCUCAGCCCCUCUCCCUCUCCACCUUCGACUUGGACAGGCUGUCGGACGAGCACCUCCGCGCCAAGCGCGCCCGCGUGGAGAACAUCAUCCGCGGCAUGAGCCACUCGCCGCUGGUCCGGCCCAACGGCGACCACGGCCAAGAAAGCAACCGCGAAAACGAGACUUGCAGCAACAACAGCAGCAGCGGCGGCAGCAACGACCGGCGAGGAGACGGCAACAGUCACGGCGCCAGCGGCCACGACCACAGCCGGAGCGACGGCCCUUCUUCCCUCCUGAGCUCUCCGGGCUCGCGGGGCGGCGUGGGCGGCGAGGUUUAUAGGGAGAAUAAAAGAAAGCAGCGCCUGCCGCAGCAGCAGCACAGCUUCACGCAGCUGGUGUGUUCCAGGCAGGAGCAGAGACAGGAAGAGAGACGGCAGCUGAAACUGCAACUGGAGGACAUGCAGAAACAGCUGCGUCAACUCCAGGAGAAGUUCUACCAGAUCUACGACUCCGAGACGGAGGAAGAGGAAGAGCACGGCGAGAGCAGAGAGGCCGACCGAGGUGGAGAAAGAGAGGAGGACGGUAACUUGUCAGAGGACAGCAUCCGCUCCGAUGGCCUGGAGGACAGGUACAGAGACAGAGGGCGGCGUAGCAACGACGACCUGUCUGAACUGGACCCAGGCCUGUUUCUGGACCGGGCCCGGGCCCUCCUCCGAGAACAGGCCCUGAUAGACGGAGAAAUGGAGGAGGAUGAGGAGAGGAACGUAGAUAGGGUGAUUAAGAGGAGAGGAGGAGUGGCAGGAGGAGGUAGGCAGCUUGCAGAGACGCUGAAGCAGGAGCUGAACUGCGCCGUGUCGCAGGUCGUCGACACCGUCGUCAAGGGCUUCUCCUCGCCCAAGCCGGCCGUCGGCCACCAUCAUGGCUGCCACGGCGGCACACCGGCUGCACCCUCCUCUUCUUCCAACUCGUCCUCUUCCUGUCCUCCACCGUAUGGGCCCCUCCCCUCUCUCACCCCGGACACCCGCUUCGGUGGUGGCGCGCUGGCCCUCAGUAUGAACGGCGACGGCAGUCCGACCCCGAGCUACCACUCCUCCAACCAGAGGCUGCACUGCUUCGCCGACGUAAUCGUCCCGAGCCCGCUGGACUCAUUCGGCGGGUUGAGCGGCAGGCUGAGCGGUUUGCCGACGUCCAGCGACCAGACUGAGGCACUGCCACUGGUGGUGCGCAAGAGCGGCGGAGGGGGCGGAGGAGAGAACGCUAACGCCUCUCUUCCUCCUCCUCCUCCUCCUCCUCCUCCUCACCAUCCCUCGCUCCACCCCUCUCCCCUCACGGCCUCGCUCGGGUUUAGCCCUCCAUCCUUUCGCCACCCGUUCCCUCUUCCCCUUAUGGGUUACCCCUUCCAGAGCCCCCUUUCACACGGGGGUGGCGCUGGCUACCCUCCGGGGCCCAAGGACCUUCAUCGGUCCUCCCCCGAUUCUAUGGACAUGACCCGGGAAACUGUCAGCCUCAGAACCAAAAUGGCAUCCCUCGGAGGAGGCCAUCUCAGUCACCACCACCACCACCACCACCACCACAGGCAGAGCUCACCGGGCCAACAUGGGCCAGAGGGCCUGUCCCUGUCCCUCAUAAAGUCUGAGUGUGGAGACCUGCAAGACAUGGCCGACAUAUCGCCCUACUCAGGCAGCACCAUUCAGGAGGGCUUGUCUCCCAACCACCUGAAGAAGGCCAAGCUGAUGUUCUUCUACACCCGCUACCCUUCCUCCAACAUGCUCAAAAUAUUCUUCUCAGACGUCAAGCAGUGGGGAAUCUGGGGGCAAAGAAGACAGAAAAGGCCACUGCAAGAUUUCAAUCGCUGCAUCACCUCCCAGCUGAUCAAGUGGUUCAGCAACUUCAGGGAGUUCUACUACAUCCAGAUGGAAAAGUUCGCCCGGCAGUCCAUCAACGAGGGCGUGACCGCCUCAGAGGAGCUGGUGGUGGGCCGCGAUGCCGAGCUCUUCAGGGCGCUCAACAUGCACUACAACAAGGCCAACGACUUUGAGGUUCCUGAACGAUUUCUGGAGGUGUCCCAGGUGACCCUGCGCGAGUUCUUCAACGCCAUCGUGGCGGGAAAGGACGCAGACCCGUCCUGGAAGAAGGCCAUCUACAAGGUGAUCUGCAAACUAGACAGCGAGGUUCCCGAUGUCUUCAAGUCCCCCAACUGCCUACAAGAACUCCUCCAUGACUGACUAGGGCGAGGACGGAAACGCAGCGAGCGAGACAAGCCUCCGAGGAGCGUGAGACGACCGUGAGAAAGUGAGGCUGAGGUCUUCGGUAAAAACAUGCGUUUGAUGCCGAGACUUGGUUUUCCUCGGACGCUUCUGGAGAGGUUUUUUUGGUGGUUGUUUUUUUUUUUUGGGGUCAGCCCAACGUUUAAAACACAAGCCUGCCCUCAAAAUGUUUUAUACAGGAAAAAAAAAAUAAAAAUAGUCCUCUUGACCUCUUGGCUCAAGAGUCGGACAAUACUCAAAUUAAGAUAUUGUGUUGAGACUUUUACCAAUUAAAAGCCAAACAGUGGAAAUCCUUGCACUUACAAAAACAGCUCCUCCUUUGCCGAAAAAACCCCCCCCUGUCUUCUCUUUCUCCUCCACCUCGUCCGAGCUCGCUCUUCGUCCUUCUCUGGAGGAACAAAAAGGUAUGAGGAAGAUGAUGGAUCAAUCUUCAGCCCGUGACUUGGGGGUUAGGGAGCAAACUAAAUAUAAAGAUGAUAAUAUAUAAAGAAAAUCUUUUUAUUGUGGAUGUUUUUGAGUUAGAUGGACAUUUUUGGGGAGAAAAAAAAGGUGAUGUUUCUGCAUUUUUUUUUCUUCUUUGUAUGAGCUUACAGCCUCUUUACUAUAAACCCUCAGUCGAUCGCGUAGAUACCCAUGCACACACAACCACAAACACACACACACGCACACGCACACCUCUUGAAUAGGAUCGCACAGUAGCAUUCCCAAAUCCUCACUUGAACCCAGACAAAAUGGACAUAAAUACACUUAGUUGUGGUUUCUUUCCCUUCUUUUUUCCCCCUCCUCUUUUUUACUACUCGCUCUUUUUACUGUACCGAGACGUACUGGGUGUUUGUUCUGACUGUUGCUCUCCCUGCCCCACCCUUCCCGUGCUGCCCCUCUUUGCUCAUGUUGCAUUCAGGCACCCAGAGCAUCGAAGACAAAAAAACAACCUUUUUUUUUUUCUUUUUUUUUAUAAUCUCUCAUAUCUAGAGUCCCGUUUUUACAAUAUCAGAAAAAUAGGUAAUGCAGACAUUAGACAAACUGUAUGGACAUUUUAUUUUAAGCCGUCAUGAAUCAGAUUGAUCCUUAACCUCCGUUACCGCAAUUAUUUCACUAAAUUACUACAGCCUGACCAACGUGACACAUGCUGAUAUUGACAGAGAAUGGCCCCCUUUUUUUUUCGUUGUUUUUACUUAACAGACUUUUUUUUUGUAUUAUUAAAAUGUUAUGUAUGAUAUGUGACAAAUUUUUGUACUGAGAAGGUCAGUUAUUUCAGUGAUUUCUGGUGGACGCUGUUUCUCAUUGAACAUCUGACAGAGAAAUACAUCUGUGAUAGGCUAAUACUGUAUCUGGUCCAACUACUACUGGUUUAUUUAUCACAUUUUCAAUAUAUAGCACUGAUGCUGGAUACAUUCAGGACACAUUGUGGACAUGUUAGUGCUGUAACAAUUUUUGGUAUUCAUUUAUUUAUUUUUUUUUCUUUAUAAUCUGUGUUGGAUGCUUCAUUUGUUUUCUCAGAACAUUCAAAGUCCUAAUCUGAAAGAAAAGAAAAAAAUCACAUUUGCAUCAAUUUGUGAUUUCAUUCAAGUGGAUUCACUGUAUUGUAAAUCAUUGUUGUGAACGUAAUUUGAAUCACCAUUUUGUAACAACGACCAGGAACCCAAACCCAUUCAUUCCAGUUCCAUGUGCUUCGUAGAUCCCUUUCUAAGCAGCACGUCAUUCCCACAUGAUACAAACACAAGAAUCAUUCUUCCUGGUGCUCUGGGACAGGCUAACCUUUGGCAACACACAAGUACUGACUGGACUCAAGCACUUGCACAGAGGAUUUUAGCACUGAAAAACACCGGCGACUAACCGUGGUACAAUCAGCCGUUCUCAAAAUUGAGCUCAUACAUUCAGAGGUGUCAAAAUGUCUCAUUUUAACCCUGUUUCGUGCUGAGAACCUUGAAACUGGAAGUCACCGUAAGUUACCAAACCACUAUUGGAAAAAAAUAGAUUUUUCUCUUUGCUCUGGGUGGCAGACCAACAGACGGGCAGCUGCCCCGGCCGGGUCAUGUGUGUGAAGUGUUUAAGGUUUUAACAGCAGUAAACAAAAAAAAAAAA